AUGAACUAUUGUUCUACCUUCAUGAAUUGCAUAGUGAUAGGAAUUGUUAAUAAAUCUGAAUUUGAAAAAUUAAUUGGGGCUACUGAUCCCUUAUUUCAAGCUUUAGUUCUAGCAGCAAUAGAACAUAUUUUAUUACUUAUAAAAUAUAUCGUUGGAGCUGCCAUUCCUGAUUGUCCUUAUUGGGUAUCCAAAGAAUUAAGGAAAUAUGCAUUCCUAGAAGGAAAGAGUGCAAAAAUUCAUGAAGACAGUCAAAAUACUUUCUGA